UAUAAUUUUUAUUUUAUAUUAUCGAGUAAAACGCAUUCUUAUCGGAUGCAACAACUCGUAUGCGGUACAGAUUUCUGUAAAACGUCAUCUCAAAAUACAUAACCUUCAAACACUGUUUACGUGUCAAAACAAUAAUUACAAUAACAAUAACGUUAAUCAACAAUUUUUCAAAAUGAUGCAACAAUAUAUGAAGGAAUUAGAACAAGAACCGUUCGACCCGGAAGAAUUCAUAGAACGUUUGGCGUGGAGAACUAUGAUUGAAGCUCAAGUUGAGGAUUUCGAACCCGAAGUUUUACACGAAUCUUUCACGCAAGCCAUAAACGAUUUGACGUUGUUGCAAACACACCAACGAAAAAAAUGCCAACGUUUAGAGGCACAAGUUAGAGAUGAAGAAACGAAAUUUUUCGCUGAAAUUUCAAAAUUAACUUUAGAUAAUAAAAAAUCUAUAGAAACAUUCCAAGAAUUGGAUGGGAAAAUUACACAUGUGGCAUCGAAAGUGUUGCAUUUAGGUGACCAAUUGGAUAACGUGAAUGGGCCAAGAAAUCGGGUUUGUGAAGCACAAAAACUGAUGUCGCAUUUAAAUGAAUUUUUAACAACGGGCCCGUUAACUUCAAACACUUUCACUGAUGUUUCCAAAGUAGAUGAAGCUGCCGAUGUAAUACAAAAACUGUUUGUUAUUUCUCAAGAUUUACCCAACGAUAAGUUCAAUUGGGUGUUGGAAAAGAUCAAAAGAAAAUACGACGACAUCGAACGAGCUUUGAUCGAAGAUUUCGUUUCGGCCCAAAAGCGCAACGAUUUCGGACGAAUGCGUCAAAUUGCGAAUGCGAUGACGCAGUUUAAGGGUUACUCGAGAUGCGUUAAUGAAUUUAUCGAAUACGGGCAGAAGGGGUGUUUGCUGCAAAAAGACGUUUUCGGGCACAUCUUGGAACUGUGCAAACACAAUAACGAAAUCAUCAAGCAAGUUUUCACGAAUCCCGAACAAGUAAUGUCUAAAUUUGUGCUGAACCUUUACCAGUUGAAAAUAAACGAGCACAUCCGCAGCAAGUUGACCAACGACUUGGACACGCACACUUACUUGCGUACGUUAUUCGAUUUAUACUCGAAGACGAAUCAAUUGUCGAAAAGUCUCUGCGUCUAUAAGAUGGGAAGCGACAAGAACUUUUUAAACAAACUAACUGGCAACAUUUUUGGCAAAUAUAUCGAGAAAUAUAUCGAUUUGGAACUGAAAUGUUUAAAGCAACGUUGCCAAAACAAUUUGCAGAAGUAUUACGAAUCUAAAAAUCAUCAAAAGAAACAAAUACAAACUGGCGGAUUUCAAGAUUUGAAACGUGAUUUAUUCGCAAAGGCCAACAUAAAUUUGUCCCAAGCAGAAAAUUACGGAGGCGAAACUUUUCUCUCCGAAGAGUUGGCGAUUAUGAUUCUGCAGGACACGAAAAAUGCGUUUCAGCGUUGCCAAUUGCUGUCCAAGCCGGAAAACAAAGCCGGAAACGCCUCUCAAAUCCUCGACUGUUUAAUAAAUUGUCUGUUAACGGAACACGUCGACUACGCCCUCGAAUUAGGCUUGCAGGCCAUUCCAAACGCAGAAUUGGGAAAAACUCCUCCGAAAAUUUACUUUUUCAACAUCGUUCAUCAAUGCAACAACAUUACUCACCUUCUGGAGAAGCAAUUUCAGGAUUUGGUCGUCCCUAUGUUGCUGAACUCGCCCAAGUACAACGACUGUUUGCAGAAAAAGAAAUUCGUGCUCGAAGAUAUCGAACGGAAAGUUAACAACGGAAUCGACAGAUCUCUGAACUCCAUCGCGUUGUGGAUCAAACUGUAUUUGCAAGCGGAACAGAAGAAGACCGAUUUUAAACCGGAAAGCGACGACUUUGAUACGGUCUCAUCGAACGCAUGCAAGACGGUUUCCCAAUACGUGACGAACACGAUAAAGGAGAUCAAACAGACUCUGGACGGGAACAACGUGAAUGCGGUUUUGCAGGAACUGGGAAUCAGGUUGCACCGCGUUGUGUACGAUCAUCUGCUGCAGUUCCAGUUCAACACCGCAGGAGCGAUGGUGGCGAUUUGCGACUUGAACGAAUACCGUUUGUGCACGAAACCGUUGGGAAGUUUCGUGCAGGAGUUGUUCGAAACUUUACAUUCCCUUUGCAACCUGUUGUUGGUGAAACCGGAGAACCUGACCCAAGUUUGUUCGGAAGAUUCCCUGGUCAAUUUGGACAAGUCAGUUUUGCACAACUUCAUACAGUUGAGAAGCGACUUCAAAAUGCAAAAACAAACGAUGUUGAAGGUUUAAUUUAUUGUAUUCGUAAAAUAAACAUAAUUAUAGGAAAAAAAGUC